AUGUCUGAACCCCGCGGCCCUGGCCGGCACUGGGGUGUCGAAGAAACUCGAUGCCUCGUUAGUCUUUGGGCAGAGGGGGCGGUGCAAGCUAAACUAGAAUCUUUCAGGAAUAAGGAGGGCUAUGCCCUCCUUGAGAGAGGCCUCAAGGAAGAAGGAUAUGAAAGAUCGUCGAAACAGAUACAAGUGAAGAUCCGAGACCUGAAAGUAAAGUACAGGAAAAUGAAGGAAGAGACCCGAAGAAGCGGGAACGGUCGACCCUCAUCUUUUGUCUUUUUCGAUGACUUGGACGCAAUUCUGGGAACCAGGCCAGCUACAUCUCCAGCAUCCUUGCUGGAGACGACAUACACAGAGUCAUCUGAAGAUGAAAGCAUCACUCCACCAGUACUAGAUGAUGGACCUGUGCCACAGGCUGUGGAUGAAACACACUCAGUAGGAUCAAACAAGGCCUCAAAGACACCAAAGAGAAAGCCUACAGGGUUCCGCAAGGUAGACAAGAAGAAGAAGACGAGACUUGAGACUGCCUUUGCAGGACUGCAGAAAACCAUGACUGCCAUCCAAGAUGAGCACCGAGAUAAGUUCUUGGAGGAAAACUUAGAGAGAGACAGGGCUUGGAAGGAGCAUGAUUUGACUAUUCUUAAAAUGCAGAAAGAGAGUGAUAAAGAAAUGAUGGGGCAAUUCACAACAAUGAUGGCCCAUUGUAUGGGGAUGUUCCGCCCUGCCCAUCCAAAUCAGGCUGACCCUUCAAUCCCUCAGCAGCCACCUGCCCCUGGGCCUUUCUACCCUGCCCCUUACCAUCCUGAUCAGGCUUAUCCUUCAAUCCCUCAGCAGCCACCUGCCCCUGGGCCUUUCUACCCUGCCCCUUACCAUCCUGAUCAGGCUUAUCCUUCAAUCCCUCAGCAGCCACCUGCCCCUGGGCCUUUCUGCCCUGCCCCUUACCGUCCUGAUCAGGCUGAUCCUUCAACCAUGCAGCAGCCACCUUUCCCUGAUAGCCUGCCCUUGCUACACAUAAACCCUGACCAAGACCCAGAUGAAAAAAUCUACACAAACCUGUAGUUUAUCAUAAACUUAUAUAUCAGCCCUUAUUGCAAUAUGCAAAUUUCUAUUUGACCUCUGACCAGGACCCAAAAGAAAAAAUUAACCUGUAGUCAUAAACUUAUAUUUCACUCCCUAAAGCAAUAUUGAAAUGGAUUAUUUGAGCCCUGAAGAAGACCUAUACUAAAAAAUCUACAACCUGUAGUUAUAUAUAUCUCAGCCCUUAUUGCAUUAUUGAAAUGUGUUAUUUGAGCCCUGACCAAGACCAAGAAGAAAAAAUCUACAGCCUGUAGUAGCACACCCCUUAUUGCAAUACACCUUUCUCAUGCGGCGGCCAUGAUAGAUUGAACAUGAGGUCAAUGAGGCAAAUAGAUUACUUCUUAUUUCUAAAAUCAACUCCCAUUUAGUUUUCCCCCAGACCACAAAAUAUUUUACAAUAUAAGAUUAAAUGAUAAAUAUCUGAGCCCUGAAGAAGACCAAGAAGAAAAUAUCUUGUUGUAGACUUACAUUUUGCAACAAACACAUAUUCUGUCAAAGUAUACAUGAAGAAAUAAGUUAAUUGUUGCACUGAUAUCAUUUCUGCUUUAAUCUUUUUGUAUAAUGUACAUGUCAACACAUAUCUUAUGCCUUAAAUUGUUCUGCCUAAUGGGUAUGUCAAGUUAUAACAAAAAAGAAAUGUUGCCAUGUUAUACUAUUUGAAGAAACAAGUUGCACCCUGUAUGCAUCAUAUCCACUUGUUAUCUAAUGGAUGUACAGGUCAACACAUAUCUUAUGCCUUAAAUUGUUUUUCCAAGUUGGAGGUUAUAACAAAAAAGAAAUGUUGCCAUGUUAUACUAUUUGAAGAAACAAGUUACACCCUGUAUGUAUCAUAUCCACUUGUUAUCUAAUGGAUGUACAGGUCAACACAUAUCUUAUGCCUUAAAUUGUUCUGCCUAAUGGGUAUGUCAAGUUAUAACAAAAAAGAAAUGUUGCCAUGUUAUACUAUUUGAAGAAACAAGUUACACCCUGUAUGUAUCAUAUCCACUUGUUAUCUAAUGGAUGUACAGGUCAACACAUAUCUUAUGCCUUAAAUUGUUCUGCCUAAUGGGUAUGUCAAGUUAUAACAAAAAAGAAAUGUUGCCAUGUUAUACUAUUUGAAGAAACAAGUUGCACCCUGUAUGUAUCAUAUCCACUUGUUAUCUAAUGGAUGUACAGGUCAACACAUAUCUUAUGCCUUAAAUUGUUCUGCCUAAUGGGUAUGUCAAGUUAUAACAAAAAAGAAAUGUUGCCAUGUUAUACUAUUUGAAGAAACAAGUUGCACCCUGUAUGUAUCAUAUCCACUUGUUAUCUAAUGGAUGUACAGGUCAACACAUAUCUUAUGCCUUAAAUUGUUUUUCCAAGUUGGAGGUUAUAACAAAAAAGAAAUGUUGCCAUGUUAUACUAUAUGAAUA